AUGGACACGCAGUACACGAUAGAGCCCGUCCCCGGCUACGAAUUUCUGCAGCGUACGGCGCCCGAUCUCCCCUCUCACGCGAGCCGCUAUAACGGGAAGCCCCUCACAUUGAAUGAAAGGUUCGGAAUCUACGCGCGCGGCUACCUCAUCCAUGCGAUCGAGACCGAAUCCGAUGAACGACACGAGCGACUCGUCAAGACCAAAACAAUCACCAAGACCAAG